UUCUUUAGCUAAAGCCUAAAGAGAAAGUACGAGAAGGUUAAAAGAUCAGCUUCCUUCGAUUCGUUCGCCAAGUCUCAGAAAACCCUCUAAAGGUUUCCCAUUUCAUCUCUCAGAUUCUCCAGUUCCUUGAUCGUUCUCUCUCUCUUCGUUAUAUCUACACUUCCAUCUUCCUCUAUGGUUCUGGAAGCUUGUUUCUUUCUCACAGAGUUCAAUCUCUCCAUGGACUUCGACCACAAGACGUACGAUGCCUGAGCUGCGUAGCCAAGCACGCAGAGAUCGGACCAAUAAGAAACCGAACCAGAAGCCAAUUGCUCCGAGGAGAAAUCCGAAGCGGCAGAAGAGAGUGGUCGCGCAGGAUCGGAGUGAGCAGAAGGAAGCGAUCGUAGCAGGAAGUGAAAAAACGCCGUUGGUGAAGACUGAAGAAAGAGAGGAAGAAGAAGGGAUUAGGGUUUUGAGAGAAGAUAACAAGAAGAUGGAUGAAUUCGAUAGUGGCGGCCAAGCACCUGUGCCUGACGAUGAAGGAAACGCUCCUCCACUUCCUGAAAAGGUUCAAGUUGGUGGUUCCCCAAUGUACAAAUUAGAUAGAAAACUAGGGAAAGGAGGUUUUGGACAAGUUUAUGUUGGUCGGAAGAUGGGUGCGAGCACUCUGAAUGCUAGAUUUGGCCCCGGAGCUAUGGAGGUGGCUUUGAAGUUUGAGCAUAGAAGUAGCAAAGGAUGUAGUAAUGGGCCACCGUAUGAGUGGCAAGUUUACAAUGCACUUGGUGGCAGUCAUGGUGUGCCACGAGUUCAUUAUAAAGGUCGGCAAGGUGAUUUUUACGUGAUGGUUAUGGAUAUUCUAGGGCCUAGCUUAUGGGAUGUUUGGAAUAGUACCAAUCAAGCGAUGUCAACAGAGAUGGUUGCAUGCAUUGCGAUUGAGGCAAUAUCCAUCUUAGAGAAGAUGCAUUCUAGGGGAUAUGUGCAUGGUGAUGUAAAACCAGAGAAUUUUCUGCUUGGGCCUCCUGGAACUCCCGAAGAGAAAAAACUUUUCCUUGUAGACCUCGGCUUAGCUAUUAGAUGGCGUGAUACUGCAACUGGACUACAUGUUGAAUAUGAUCAGCGUCCUGAUGUUUUUAGAGGAACGGUACGUUAUGCUAGCGUACAUGCUCAUCUUGGCAGAACUUGUAGCCGGAGGGAUGACCUGGAAUCUCUUGCUUACACUCUUGUUUUCCUUCUUCGAGGCCGGCUUCCAUGGCAAGGGUACCAGGGAGAGAACAAAGGUUUCCUUGUUUGCAAGAAGAAGAUGGCUACUUCUCCAGAAACUCUUUGCUGCUUCUGCCCCCAACCUUUUCGUCAAUUUGUUGAGUAUGUGGUCAAUUUGAAGUUCGAUGAGGAGCCUGACUAUGCUAAAUAUAUCUCCCUUUUCGAUGGAAUAGUCGGCCCAAACCCAGACAUUAGGCCAAUAAAUACUGAUGGUGCACAGAAGCUCAUACAUCAAGUGGGUCAAAAGAGGGGGAGGCUGACAAUGGAUGAGGAGGACGAACAACCAACAAAGAAACUUAGAUUGGGCAUGCCAGCAACACAAUGGAUCAGCAUUUACAGUGCUCACAGACCGAUGAAGCAACGGUAUCAUUAUAAUGUUGCGGAUAUAAGGCUUCCACAGCACAUUGAAAAAGGAAAUGAGGAUGGGUUAUUUAUCAGCAGUGUAGCUUCUUGCUUGAAUCUCUGGGCUGUAAUCAUGGAUGCAGGAACUGGCUGUACGGCUCAAGUUUACCAGCUAUCACCUAGCUUUCUCCACAAGGAGUGGAUUAUGGAACAAUGGGAAAAGAAUUACUAUAUAACAGCAGUAGCAGGAGCAAACAAUGGGAGCUCAUUUGUGGUUAUGUCGAAGGGGACACCGUAUUUACAGCAAUCCUACAAAGUCAGCGAUUCUUUUCCCUUCAAAUGGAUAAAUAAAAAGUGGAGGGAAGGAUUUUAUGUUACAUCGAUGGCAACUGCUGGAAGCAAAUGGGGGAUUGUCAUGUCUCGUGGGGCUGCUUUUUCAGAACAGGUUGUAGAACUAGAUUUUCUAUACCCUAGUGAAGGUAUACAUCGUAGAUGGGAUAAUGGCUACCGAAUUACAUCAACUGCUGCAACUUGGGAUCAGGCUGCCUUUGUUCUUAGUGUGCCAAGAAGGAAGCCUACCGAUGAGACACAAGAAACUCUUAGAACCUCUGCUUUUCCUAGUAAUCAUGUCAAGGAAAAAUGGAGCAAGAAUCUUUACAUUUCAUCUAUUUGUUACGGCCGAACUGUUUCAUGAAGUUCUAAUUUUUGUUUGUUAGGAAUGCAACUCAAUUUAGCUUUACCAUACAUCCGCUCUGUUGAGAAUGAACAACUGUUGUGAUCAGUGAUGCUAUGGGCUUAGGAGAAUAUUUUGGCAAGGAUGAAUGAAAAGAUGUACUUCAGUACUGCUGUAAUGUAGUGUAUCAACUGUUUUU